AUGAACCAAAUGCUCUUGAUGUGUUUUGCUACAUACGUUUCGGCGUAUUUCUGUUUGAAGUCUGCGAGCGGUGAGAAAAGGGGAAUUGUGUCCUACGAGUUGUAUCAUGUCAACAACAUCACCACUUUCCUCACAACAAACCUCUGUGGAACGCUUCCAAAUCAUCCAACAGCUUCUGUCAUGUUGGUUAACACAAAAGAGGUGGAGUUAAACAACAUUACUACAGAGGUUAUUACAACCACGAACACUCAGUCGAACAACGAAGUGAUUCUUCACUACACUUUGAGCAAAUCCAUUCCUGAUUGCCCUGUUUACUCUCUUUCUAUUAUUUACAAAUGCAACCAAACCGCAUUAGAGCCUCAAAUUGUAAAUGUGGACUAUGAGACCACCGAUCCAUUUUUCUGCUCAAACAUUGUGUUUGUUUUCCAUGUUGUUAUAUUUUAA